GCCGCUACGCGGGAAGGGAGGGAGCCGGCCCGGAGACUGCAUCAUUCCGCACAGGCUGCUGCAGGGCCAGGGGGAGCAGGUGGAACGAGCGAGCGAGCUGGAGCGCGCCAGACCCAGGGCGAAACUGCAGUGACGCGGCCCCGGAGACAUGGCGGCCGGGCUGUCUCUGAAUAAGCAGAAUCCGAAGCCCCUCGCUGCUCGCCGCCCCCGGCCGCCGCAGCCCGGGCCAUGCCGCACGGCUGCUGACAGCACGCAGGGGCCGGCCCCGAGGACACAUGCGGCGGCCUUUGCCGCCUGGCUCCUGACCCUCUGCCCUGUUCUCCAUGUUGCAUUUCUCGUCAGUUUCUCGGGCGGUGUAGCUGCGGCUGCCACCAGAGCCGGCGGGGCAUCGCGCUGCUCAUUCAUCCAGCGUACUUUCUUUUCCAUUUCCACCCCUCCCUUCCCAUUUCCUUCUCCCUUUCCCCGCCAGCUUUGCAUCCAUCUCCCCGACCCCGUCACCCCCUCCUGCUUCCAUCCACCGGGGCUAUGGCCGCAGAAGAGGUAUUGCAGACGGUGGACCAUUAUAAGACUGAAAUAGAGAGGCUGACCAAGGAGCUCACGGAGACCACCCACGAGAAGAUCCAGGCUGCCGAGUAUGGGCUGGUGGUGCUGGAGGAGAAGCUGACCCUCAAACAGCAGUAUGACGAGCUGGAGGCUGAGUACGACAGCCUCAAACAGGAGCUGGAGCAGCUCAAAGAGGCAUUUGGGCAGUCCUUCUCCAUCCACCGGAAGGUUGCUGAAGAUGGAGAGACUCGGGAGGAAACACUUCUGCAGGAGUCAGCAUCAAAGGAGGCUUAUUAUCUGGGGAAGAUCUUGGAGAUGCAGAAUGAGCUGAAACAGAGCCGGGCUGUGGUCACUAAUGUACAGGCAGAAAAUGAGAGGCUCACCGCCGUUGUGCAGGAUCUGAAGGAGAACAAUGAGAUGGUGGAGCUACAGAGAAUACGGAUGAAGGAUGAAAUCCGAGAAUAUAAGUUCCGAGAGGCACGGCUCCUUCAGGACUAUACUGAAUUGGAAGAAGAAAAUAUCACAUUGCAGAAACUAGUGUCCACGUUGAAGCAGAACCAGGUUGAAUACGAAGGCUUAAAGCAUGAGAUUAAGCGAUUUGAGGAGGAGACGGUACUGCUGAACAGCCAGCUGGAAGAUGCCAUCCGAUUGAAAGAGAUUGCUGAGCACCAACUAGAAGAAGCCCUCGAGACUUUAAAAAAUGAAAGAGAGCAAAAGAACAACCUGCGGAAGGAGCUCUCCCAGUAUAUCAGCCUCAAUGAUAACCAUAUCAGCAUCUCAGUAGAUGGACUCAAAUUUGCCGAGGAUGGGAGUGAACCAAACAAUGAUGACAAAAUGAACGGUCAUAUCCAUGGGCCUCUUGUGAAACUGAAUGGAGACUAUCGGACUCCCACCUUAAGGAAAGGAGAGUCUCUGAACCCUGUCUCUGACUUAUUUAGUGAGCUGAACAUUUCAGAAAUACAGAAAUUGAAGCAGCAGCUUAUGCAGGUAGAGCGGGAAAAGGCCAUUCUUUUGGCCAACCUACAGGAGUCACAGACACAGCUGGAACACACCAAGGGGGCACUGACGGAGCAGCAUGAGCGCGUGCACCGGCUCACAGAGCACGUCAAUGCCAUGAGGGGCCUGCAAAGCAGCAAGGAGCUCAAGGCCGAGCUGGACGGGGAGAAGGGCCGGGACUCAGGGGAGGAGGCCCAUGACUAUGAGGUGGACAUCAAUGGCUUAGAGAUCCUUGAAUGUAAAUAUAGGGUGGCAGUAACUGAGGUGAUUGAUCUGAAAGCUGAAAUUAAGGCCUUAAAGGAGAAAUAUAAUAAAUCUGUAGAAAACUACACUGAUGAGAAGGCCAAAUAUGAGAGUAAAAUCCAGAUGUAUGAUGAGCAGGUGACAAGCCUUGAGAAGACCACCAAGGAGAGUGGUGAGAAGAUGGCCCACAUGGAGAAGGAGUUGCAAAAGAUGACCAGCAUAGCCAAUGAAAAUCACAAUACUCUUAAUACGGCCCAGGAUGAGUUAGUGACAUUCAGUGAGGAGUUAGCUCAGCUUUACCACCAUGUAUGUCUGUGUAAUAAUGAAACUCCCAAUAGGGUCAUGCUGGAUUACUAUAGGCAGAGCAGAGUCACCCGCAGUGGCAGCCUGAAAGGGCCUGAUGAUCCCAGAGGACUUUUGUCCCCACGAUUAGCCAGGCGGGGUGUGUCAUCCCCGGUAGAAACAAGGACCUCAUCUGAACCAGUUGCAAAAGAAAGCACAGAGGCCAGCAAAGAACCAAGUCCAACUAAGACCCCCACAAUCUCUCCUGUUAUUACUGCCCCACCGUCGUCUCCAGUAUUGGAUACAAGUGACAUCCGCAAAGAGCCAAUGAAUAUCUACAACCUUAAUGCCAUAAUCCGGGACCAAAUCAAGCAUCUGCAGAAAGCUGUGGACCGGUCCUUGCAACUGUCUCGUCAAAGAGCAGCGGCUCGGGAGCUAGCCCCCAUGAUUGAUAAAGACAAGGAAGCCUUAAUGGAAGAGAUCCUCAAGCUAAAGUCCCUGCUGAGCACCAAACGGGAGCAGAUCGCCACAUUGAGGGCAGUGUUGAAAGCCAACAAGCAGACAGCUGAGGUGGCGCUAGCUAAUCUCAAGAACAAAUAUGAAAAUGAAAAAGCAAUGGUGACUGAAACCAUGACGAAGCUUAGAAAUGAACUGAAGGCUUUGAAAGAAGAUGCUGCAACCUUCUCCUCCCUGAGAGCAAUGUUUGCAACAAGAUGUGAUGAAUAUGUCACCCAGUUGGAUGAGAUGCAGAGACAGUUAGCAGCUGCAGAGGAUGAGAAGAAGACUCUAAACACUUUGUUACGAAUGGCUAUCCAGCAAAAACUCGCCCUGACCCAGAGGCUGGAGGACUUAGAGUUUGACCAUGAGCAGUCCCGACGCAGCAAAGGCAAACUUGGAAAGAGCAAGAUCGGCAGCCCUAAAGUAAGUGGGGAGGCAUCAGUCACCGUGCCCACCAUAGACACUUACCUCCUGCAUAGUCAGGGCCCACAGACACCCAACAUUCGGGUCAGCAGUGGCACUCAGAGGAAAAGUCCUGACACAGCUCUCCCCGAGGAGCAGCCACAUUCCAGCUCCCAGUGCGCCCCUCUCCACUGUCUCUCCAAGCCUCCUCACCCCUAGUCUUCAUCUCCUGUGGACGAACAUCUGGGGUGGAAGUUUUGUAGCCAUACACAGGAUACUGCCCAAGAUCCAGCGGGUGUUUUCUUCUCAGUUGUUAGAUGUACAAUUGGAUUAAUGUCCAUCAUUUUGGAAGACAAGAGAAAGUUGAGAAGAACAUGAAGCACAGACCCUGAUGUGAUAAAACAUUUUGUGGUUUCUCUGAGUCACAGAUAAACUUCUGCCAUCAAAUGGCUACAGUUCAUUUAAGUUUAAAAAAUAGAAAAAAGAAACACGAAACAUGUCUCAGAUGGCUGGCUUUACCUCGAUAGCGUAAGAGAGACCUAAGACAUGUAAAAUACAUAUAUUGUAAUAUCAUCUUUCCUCACACUCCAAAUUCAGCUAGGGAAGUUGAUUCCAAUAUUUUUGUCAUUGAUAUUUAUUUUGUACUUUAUUUGCUACAUGAUUUAUGUCUAUAAAAAUAAUUUCUCUGAAGUGAAUUUAAUUCAUUUAUUUUCAAAUAAGCAUAAUUUGCUCAAUUAAGUAUGAGUUUGAAUUUAGUUUGAAAUCUGGAAUUGGCCAGACUGUGGUCAUUUUUCUUGCACAAAAUGAUAAAUGAGGUGCAUCAGAAUGUUAACAAUAACUGUAUUUUGCUGCUACGCUGGUAUUGUUUAUGCACUUAUUUUCUAAUCAGUAGCUUAUUAACUGCUGGGUUUUGUUUUUGUAUUUUUAACUAGAGUUCUUCACUGGACAUUACUAAGUAAAUCUAAGAAAGAGACUAAGUUAUGAUUUAUUGAUUUGAUAGCAUCUUUAAUUUUAUUUUUUCAUCGCAGUUGAGUAGAUGUACUGGUGCUGCUCCUUUGUAUGUGUGUAUGUGUGUGAUAACGUUAAAGAAGGCUCAAUAACUUGAAGGGAAAAAAAUGGUGUGUUUAUUUAACAACCAGGAUUUUUUUUUACUUCUCCCAAAAUCAGGGUCCUACUGAGUCUUUCCUGAUAAAAGGUAUCAAGUACAAACAGGAAAAUAUAUACAUACAUAGAUGUAAGAUAGCCUUUAAUUAAUUAAUUUACCCAGAGAGUGUUCAAAGUUUGAUUAAAAUUGUAUGUUUUGUUGUUGUUAGGUUUUUUCAUAACGAAUCUUCCUUGCCAAAAAAACAAUAGAUAAUAAACCUUAGCUCAUUGUCUACUUUUGACAAACACUCAGGUGCCUACAAACAUUCUAUUAUCUUGAGAUAAUACAUGUUCCUGGUUAAUUUACAGAUUCUGCUGGGUAACUUUUAUGACUUGAUUUAAGGCAGUGGAUUUUCAUAGCAAAAUUUAUUUUGCACAUAAUCUGACAAACAAGGAAAACAGCUAACUGAGCUGAAAGGUCUAACACUCUUGGGCUCCUUAACCAUCAAGUGCUGCCCACACAAUUGCUCCUAGCCCUGAUUCCUUGUCUUUGUCAGGUGGCCUUAACUUAUUUAAAACCAUAAGGGUUUACCUUUUCAUGUAAAGACAUCUGUAACUUCUCUUCAAAACAAAAAUGACCCUCACUGUUAACACAAAGGACAGUUACCAGUGUAGGGCACUGAGAAAGGAGAUCCAGGAGCCACUCAGCCUAUUGAGCGGACAUGGGUGGCACAGAAAUGGAGUGGUCCAUCAGAGACCAAAUGGUAAGUCAUAAAGCACAUUGCAGGAGCUUUUGUCAGUCAUACGCCUAUUAAGUAGUGGUCGCUAUUACCAAAGCAACCAGGACGUUUUGUGUUCUUUAUAUGAGUGCUAUUUUCCACAGUGUCAUUUAUUAUGCAACGUGGAGUAAAGAGUUGAAUUCUUCACCAAAAUAGGGAUUCAGGUUAAAGUACAGAAACAGAAACAAAACGAUUCGACACGAAGUUCCUAACCAUAGCAGCCUAACCUUCUGCUCUUUUCUACCUGCAUGGCCUUGCUGUUCCUAAACAUUGUCUUCAUUUCAUUGGUGUUGUGUCUGCCUGGUACCAGUGUUGGUGAGACUGUGGAUUUUAUCAGAGUUCAAUGAAAGAAAGCUUACCCCUGCCCUCACUUUUUGUUUUUUAAUUUUUCCCCCUUUGUCAAGCACCAUGUGUUUGGACCUGAGAAGUGGCAUAGCUGCUAAGUUGACUUUUAAUAAAAACUGUUUGUGCCUGAGGGAAAUAUAUGCCUUUUUAAAACGUACCUCAGAACAUGUUCCUAUAUCACUGCAUUGGUUUUGUUUGGGGGACUGGGAGUUCAGCAGGAAGUACUGUCUGUGUGUGAGGCGAUGUUGUAUUCGCAUUCUUUAUCCCUAACUCUGGAUCUAGGACUCUAUGAAAAGCCGGGUCACACACAAAACAUGUAUUUCUUCCAAUACAAAGUGUAUUAUUACGUCUAUUAUAAACUAGUUUCAUUUCAGUUAUUUAUCUUCAUAGA